AUGAAUGCAAAACAAGAAGAAUGCAAGAUGUCGAUAGAAGAGGAAGAAUUACUAAGAGUUACGCAAAUGGUAGGGGCGACGGUUCUUCCAAUGGUCAUAAAAACCGCUAUAGAACUUGAUCUUUUUGAAAUCAUGGCUAAAGUUACACGUGACUGUGGCGGAAGUGGUGGUGGUGGUGGUGGUGGCGGCGGUCAAUUCACCUCUUCAGAUAUUGCUUCACAUCUUCCUACACGAAACCCUGAAACCCCGAUCAUAAUCGAAAGAAUUCUUCGGUAUUUCGUUACGAAAUCGAUUCUUACUUGUGAGAUCCACACCAGUGAAAAUGGAGAGAUACAGAAGUUAUAUGGCAUGGCACCCAUAUGCAAGUAUUUUGUGAGUAAUGAAGAAGGGGUUUCUUUUGCCAACUUCUUUCUCUUCCAAAAUGACAAAGUAGUCAUGGAUUCAUGGUAUCACUUGAAAGAUGCAGUGGUUGAAGGAGGAAUCCCAUUCAACAAGGCCCAUGGGGAGAAUAUAUUUGAAUACCAAGCAAAAAACAAGAGGUUUGGUGAGAUAUUUGACAAGGCAAUGUAUGGGAACACUGCUAUACUCAUGAAGAUGGUUCUUGAAAAGUAUGAUGGAUUUGAAGGGGUGGAGGAGGUGGUUGAUGUGGGUGGUGGUUUGGGUGCAACACUUCAGAUUAUUGUUUCCAAGUACCCUAACAUUAAAGGCAUCAACUUUGACAUGCCACAUGUCCUCAAAGUUGCACCUUCGUAUCCAGGAGUGGAGCAUGUUGGAGGAGAUAUGUUUCAAAGCGUUCCAAAAGGAGAUGUUAUCUUCAUGAAGUGGAUAUUACACGAUUGGGGCGACGAGUAUUGCAUCAAGCUAUUAAAGAAUUGUUGGAAGGCGUUGCCGGAGAACGGGAAGGUGGUGGUGUUAGAAAGUAUUGUCCCAGAAGAGAAGGCAGGUAAAAGUGAUGUUACGAGUAAUAUUGAUGGUGAUAUGGUGAUGUUGGCUAUAAAUCCUGGUGGCAAAGAGAGGACAGCCAGAGAAUAUGAGGCCUUGGCUACACAAUCUGGAUUUGCUGCUUCUAAAAUUGUUUGUGGAGUUAGUUUUUAUUCCAUCAUUGAAUUCUACAAAUAA